CUGCCGCCCGCCCGGCUGGCAUCUCCGAGCCGCUGGUAUUCCCGCCGCGCGGAGCGAGCGCCGCCACCGAGGGUCGCCGGUCGCCGGGCGCCGGAGCCAUGACCCUACGCCGACUCAGGAAGCUGCAGCAGAAGGAGGAGGCGGCGGCCGCCCCGGACCCCGCCGCCAGGGCUCCCGACUCGGAAGUCGCUCCCGCCGCUCCGGCCCCGACCCCGGCCUCCGGUCCCCGUGCUGCAGCCGCCAGCCCCGGAGCCCCCGGGGACGAGCUGUACGCGGCGCUGGAGGACUAUCACCCGGCCGAGCUGUAUCGCGCGCUCGCCGUGUCCGGGGGCACCCUGCCCCGCCGAAAGGGCUCAGGAUUCCGCUGGAAGAAUCUCAGCCAGAGUCCCGAACAGCAGAGGAAAGUGCUGACUUUGGAGAAGGAGGAGAACCAGACCUUCGGCUUUGAGAUCCAGACUUACGGCCUUCACCACCGGGAGGAGCAGCGGGUGGAGAUGGUGACCUUUGUCUGCCGGGUUCAUGACUCCAGCCCUGCCCAGCUGGCUGGGCUCACACCAGGGGACACCAUCGCCAGCGUUAAUGGCCUGAACGUGGAAGGUAUCCGGCAUCGAGAGAUUGUUGACAUCAUUAAGGCGUCUGGCAAUGUUCUCAGGCUGGAAACUCUGUAUGGGACGUCAAUCCGGAAGGCUGAAUUGGAGGCACGUCUGCAGUACCUAAAGCAAACCCUGUAUGAGAAGUGGGGAGAAUACAGGUCCCUAAUGGUCCAAGAGCAGCGGCUGGUGCACGGCCUGGUGGUGAAGGACCCGAGCAUUUAUGAUACAUUGGAGUCGGUGCGCUCCUGCCUGUACGGCGCGGGCCUGCUCCCGGGCUCGCUGCCCUUCGGCCCCCUGCUGGCCGCGCCCGGGGGUCCCCGCGGGGGCGCGCGGCGGGCGGGGCGCGACGCGGACGACGCCGUCUACCACACGUGCUUCUUCGGGGGCGGCGGCGGGGCGCCGGGCGCGCUCUGGACUGAGGCCCGCGAGCAGGCCCUGUGCGGCCCCGGCCUGCGCAAAGCCAAGUACCGCAGCUUCCGCCGGCGGCUGCUCAAGUUCAUCCCCGGACUCAAUCGCUCCCUGGAGGAGGAGGAGAGCCAGCUGUAGGGGCGGGGCGGGCGGGGGAGGUAUUUAUUUAUUUAUUCGUUCCAGCCAGUGCAAAAAGGGGGCGGGGGGGAAGGGGCGGGGGGCUGGGUCCGAGGGGACCCCAGGAGCCCAGCGCAGCAGCGGGAGAGGGUCCUUGCCAGCCCCAGCUGGCCUGCCGGUGCCUGGCUGCCUCUGCGGACCGCUGACCCCAGGCCCCAGUACCCUUUACUCCUCCUCCCCUAAACCACAGUGGGAGGCGGGGCAGGGAGAACCAGGCGAGCUUGGGUUGGGAGAGGUUUGGGGGCGUUCAUCCUACAUCUGGGUCAGCAGUGCCUUGUGGGGUGUCCAGGGAAACAACUCCCCUGGAGGGGAGGAACCCUGUCCCACGAAGCCCUCUCCUCAGCUUUACUUGCUCCUCACCCUUGGCCUGGGGCGGCAAUGGCCGAUGGCCGGUCGCUCGCCCACCCUCCACACACAUACAGAGUUCCAGUUAACCAGCCAAAGGUGCUGGUCCCCCUCCUUCCCGGCCUUGACCCCUAAGGGCUUGGCCCCCUCCCAGGGGCCUAUAACUAAGUUGGGUCCUGCCGGGCAGGGGUCCUGGGUUCUCUAACCCUUGGGGGACAGGAAUGGGCAUGUCCAGUUGGGUGGGGGCAGCACAGACUGUUCCAGCAUUUUGCAUAUUGUUGCUUCUGAACCACAAACUGUAUAAAAUUGAUGGUUUUUUGCA